CAGAGACAACUAAAGCUGAAAUAGAAUCAAUCCUAACACCAGAAACCAAGGGCAACAACUCUGUAUUCGAAAAUGAUACCCCUUCAUGUUUUGAUACAUCGUCAAAGGUGACUUCUGAGACUAGAGCCGAUGCACGCAGAAGCUUGUUCGCAGUCAAGCGUCUAGCUGAAGAUGAUCUUUCUAACGAUACUCCUCGAAAAAGAUGCGUCAAAUAGAGAAUGAUUUAGCUACAUUAACUACUCAGAAUGUCAUUACGGCAGUAGAACGUCUCGAAUCUCGUUAUUUGGUAGCCGAUGGAUCACGUGACUACAUUCUACCUUCAGUACAAGGAAAACAUGGCGACCUCAAAUCCAUCACACCGGAAACAAUGGCAAAAGUGUUGAACGGUCAUUACAGUGACAAGAUUGGGAAAGUCACAAUCGUAGAUUGCAGGUACCCGUACGAAUUUGAUGGCGGACACAUCCGAGGCGCUGUCAACUUGUACACAAAAGAUGACGUCAACAGUCUUCUCCAGUCACGUGACGUGACAGAAAAACCACACAUUCUUAUAUUUCACUGUGAAUUCUCAUCUGAAAGAGGUCCAAAAAUGUAUCGUUUUCUAAGAAGCCAGGAUCGUGAAUUGAAUAAGGAACAUUAUCCAAAACUAAACUUUCCGGAAGUCUAUUUACUUGAUGGCGGUUACAAAGCUUUCUUCACAUCACAAAAGUGUCAAAAGGAAUACUCAUUUGCCACAUAG